AUGAAUGAAGAUUUAGAACCGUCCAACAGUAUAGUGGAGAGUGUAUUAACCACAGCCUCCGAGAGUUCCAUUGAUAGGAACAAUUUAAGGAAGAAUGCACAAAUCGCAACUGAUUAUCAUCAUAGUUUAACUCCGUCUGAAGCCUUUAAAGACUAUAAAGAGGCCAUUUGGUGGGCUUCAGUGAUGUCUUUGACGAUAGUCAUGGAAGGUUACGAUACAAGUCUUAUAGGAAAUCUCUUUGGAUUCCCCAGUUUCCAGAAGAAAUAUGGGGUAGAGAUAUCACCUGGUGUUUUUGAAUUACAAAGUCAUUGGCAAAUAGCAUUAGGUGUAUCACCAUCUGUUGGUGUUAUCAUUGGGAUAUUUGUCAAUGGGUAUCUCAUAGAGACGUUUGGUCAUCGAAGGAUCACUAUGUUUUGUCUCAUAUUGAUGCAACUAUUUAUACUGAUUACUUUUUUUGCACCCAAUGUUGAAACAUUAUUUCUCGGGCAAUUACUUUGUGGGUUACCAUGGGGGCUAUUUGCUAUAAUCGGCCCUACAUACAGUUCAGAAGUGAUACCGUUGGCUUUGAGAGGAUAUAUGACUUCAUAUACCCAGUUCUGUUGGAGUUUGGGUCAAAUUUUGUCAGCAAUAAUCCUUAAGUUGUAUGUUAACAAUGAUACCCAAUGGUCAUAUAGAAUACCUUUUGCCUUACAAUGGAUAUUUCCAUUACCUCUUUUUAUAUUAACCUAUUUAGCUCCUGAGUCACCAUGGUGGUUAGUAAGACAUAAUCGUGAAGAAGAAGCCAUUAAGUCAGUGAGAAGGUUAAGUUCACUGUCAGUUUCCCAUAUGGCACCGCCAAUGGUUUCCAUGAUUAUUCAUACCCAUGAAAAUGAAAUCAGUCAACAUAAAAAGGAGGGAACUGAAUGGGAAAAGUAUAUGAAAGCUUUUACCGGCACCAAUUUUAGAAGAACAGUUGUUACUUCUCUUGCAUUUUCUGGACAGUUAUUAUGUGGUUUGCCAUUUGCCUUUUCCCCUUCCUAUUUUUUUAGGGAAGCAGGUAUAAGUCCCAAGAAAACCUACGACUUGAGUCUAAUCAAUGCUACUAUAGCUUUAGCUGGUUCUAUAGCUGCUUGGUAUCCUAUAACCAGGUUUGGUAGAAGAGACAUUUAUUUAGUUGGUUUGGCAAUUUUAUGUACUUGUCUUUUAUUCAUUGGAGUUGCUCAACCGUUUGUAUACGAGUUUCAUGAAUUGAUUUGGGUACAGUGUGGACUUAUAAUUGCAUGGAUGACUACUUAUUCAUUGACAUUAGGACCUGUAACAUACUGUAUCAUAUCGGAGAUAUCUGCGUCAUCUUUGAGAUCUACCACAGUUUCAAUAGCUAGAGGUUACUUCAGUUUGAAUCAAUUUAUUGCUAAUGCUAUAGAGCCAAUCUUAAUAAAUCCCACUAGCUUAAAUUUACGUGGUUAUACAGCAUUAUUUUGGUUCACAACAUGUUUUAUCAUUUUUAUAUGGGCAUUUUUCGAGUUACCUGAAACAAAGGACAGAACUUUUGAUGACAUUGACUUCCUCUUCAAGCAGGAAACUCCAGCAAGGAAAUUUUCAACCACAGAAACUACCAGGUUGGUGGAUUUGGACUAA